GUUGUUUUAUACUGUAAUGGAUAAAACUCAAGAGAUAACAUAUAAGCAUCUUCUAUGUAUGUUUUAGUUGUGAGCAAGAGGAACAACAUGUGCAAGAUGUUACACUGGAAGUUUCUACUGGUUCCCUUUUUGAUAAGCAGUUUAGGGCUACUAUCAUAUUCUGAAGGUGCAAACAUAUUGGCUGUAUUUCCUAUACCUGCCAGAAGUCAUUGGACCGCUAUGCAGCCUCUUCUCAUUGAACUUGCCAAGAGGGGUCAUAACCUAACAGUAGUAACUCCUUUUGAUGAGAAGAACAUGCCAGAUACGUGGGAGACAGUACUAAUUGGGAAACACUGGAAUAUGGGAGGUGCCCUCAGGCCAGGUAUUUUCAAUCAAAGUCCAUAUUCCAGUAUACUUCGUAUGAUCUUUCUGCUGUAUGAUGUUGGACUUGAAAUGUGUGAAAAUGUGCUGAAAGAAGAAAAUGUUCAAAGGCUUAUACACACUGAACAGAAGACAUAUGAUCUACUGAUCAUGCAGCUUUUUGUUGAUGAAUGUUUCCUUGCUUUUUCACACAAAUUUAACAUACCUAUAGUUGGAAUGCCAUCAGGUCCGGGAUUUAUUUGGACAUCUGAUAGUGUGGGAAAUCCAACUCCUCUGUCAUAUAUUUCUGAAGGUCUCUCAGCUGUAACAGACCAUAUGACAUUUUAUGAACGUCUCACAAACACGUUAAUGGCUACAUACCAACGAAUAACACGUCGUUUUUACUUUGUGCCAAAAGCAGAUGCUAUUGUAAGGAAAUAUUUCAAUGAUCCUUAUAUACCAAGCAUAGCAGAUAUUGAAUGUAACACCUCUCUCAUCCUGGUUAACAGCCACAUAAGUUUUGGAUAUCCACGACCAAAUGUACCCAGCAGGGUUGAAGUAGGUGGAAUGCACAUAUUUCCACCAGAGAAGCUACCAAAGGAUAUUCAGAAUUAUCUUGAUACAUGUACACAAGGAGUUGUGUAUUUUAGCAUGGGUUCGAAUUUAAGGAGUGCUGAUUUCCCAGAAGAGAAAAGAACAAUUUUCCUUAAUGUAUUUUCAAAGUUGAAGCAAUGUGUUCUUUGGAAAUACGAAACAGAUAAUAUCCCAGGAAAACCAAAGAAUGUAAAAAUUGAUAAGUGGCUCCCACAGACUGAUUUACUAGCUCAUAAAAAUGUUCAGCUCUUUAUUACUCACGGAGGUCUUAUGAGUACAAUAGAAGCUGUCAGCCGUGGUGUUCCUAUCAUCGGAAUACCUAUAAUGGCUGAUCAACAUGCAAAUGUGAAAAGGAGUGUAUCAGCUGGAAUUGGGCUACAGCUCGACUUUCAGAAUAUUACUGAGGUUUCCUUAACCUGGGCUAUUUCUGAACUUCUCAACAAUCACAGAUACAAGGAAAAUGUACUGAAACGAAACCGCAUAUUCCAUGAUCGCCCAAUUAAACCAUUGGAGGAAGCAGUUUAUUGGACUGAAUAUGUAUUAAGACACAAUGGUGCUCAUCAUCUUCGUUCUGCAGCUCUCGAUCUGUCAUGGUACCAGUACAUGUUGCUAGAUAUUGUUGGUUUUCUUUUGGCUGUAAUAAUACUAAUAUGCUUAGCAAGUGUUGGCUUAAUUAAAUAUCUUCUUAGAAUGCUUACAGGUCAAAAACAUUCUGCUCAGUCAAAGAAAUUGAAGAGUAAAAAGAAUGAUUAA